AUGGGAGCCCGGCGCGUCUCCGCGGUGCCGCGGCGCGGCGAGCGGUGCGAGCGAUCUGCCCGCUGGAUGCAGACAAACCAUACAGCUCACUCCAUCCGCCUGCUCUUCGCCUCCAACAUUCAUUUCGGCGGCGGCGAGUGCGCGGGGCGCCGGUCUCCGCCCUGGGUGGGGGGGACGACACGGCCGGUGCCGCCCGCCCGCUCCCCGCCAACCGCGGCGCUGGCGCGGCCCCGCCGGCUGCGCGGCCCCGCGGGGGGAGCACCGUCGGUCCCCGCGCCCCGGCCGACGGGGCCAGUUCACUCCGAGGGGAAAGGGGCUAAAUCCUCGCCGGGGCGGGGGGGAUGGAGUCGGGACCGCGCAUCCCGCGGCAGGCACCGACCGCCCGCCUGCCGGGCCGCGUCCCUUCUCGCGGCGCCCGGGCAGGGCGUGGACGCCCGCCCCGCCCCGGCAGAGUCGCGGCGGCGGCGCGUCCCGUUACCGGCGGCCGAGCCCGCGCUGCCCCCGGCGCGGCGGGAGCAGGUGUCCGGGGGCAGCAGCCCGGGGCAGCGCGGCGGGGGCGGGGUGAGGCGGGCGGCGGCGGCGCCCGCGCGCGGGCGGAGCGGCCCGGGGCGCAGCUGUUGGGGGCGUUUUGCCGGCGGGGCGCGGAGCCCGGAGGGUUUUUCCGGGCUCACGAAGUUUGGAUGCGGGAAAAAGGCGGCGAGGCAGGAGGAGGAGGGAAGAGGCAGGCGGAGCGCGGCGGGGAGGCGGCAGCGCGGGGGGGACGCGCCUUCGGCCGCGCCGAGGAGCGAUGCGCGGGGCUGGCCGGGCGCCGCCGCGCAACUGCCCGCGCGCAACUCUGCGCGCUCCCGCCAGGGGCCCGCGGCGUCCCGCGGCGCGCUCGGCCGAAGUUGCCCUCACGGCCGGCCCCGCGCCCGCCCGAGGACGCGCCCGGCCCCCGCGGGAACUUUGUGCGCGCCGCGCCGCCGCCCCGGCGGGCCGGUCCCUGCCCGCGCCCGCGGGGGGCCGAGCCCACCGAGCGCCUCUCGCUCGCCCCCUCCCCCUCAAAAUGGCGGUGGAAGGGGACCUUUAAACCCCGCGCCGCUCCGCUCCGCACCCCCGCCGGGCGCGGCCGCGCUCCGCUCGGCGCGGCGCGCGUCCCGCCCGGGGCAGCGGCUGGCGUCGGUCCCCGUCAAGUGGCCCGUCAGCGAGCGGCUCUCGCCUCCCGUCGUAAAUCGGGCGCCGGUGACACUGCCCGGGCGGCCGCCGGGGAUGCCCCGGGACGCCAACUUCGGGCCGGGAGGGAGCGGCGCCGGGCAGCGGCUGCGGGAGGGCUCCCGCCCGGGCAGCGCCGGCUGGAAGCGGGAGGGCGGAAUGCCCGCAUCGGAAGGACUGACUGUGAAGUUUGGCCGUGGCAUGAUCUUCAUGCAGUGA